CGCUUUUCACCGGCAGUGUCAAGAUGGUGGCAAUCAGAAUGCAGUUUACACUUUAUUUGCUGGUGUUGUUAAACAUUUACAACAGUUUGGUGUCUGCCUUGUACUUCCAUAUCGGAGAGACUGAAAAGAAAUGCUUCAUAGAAGAAAUACCCGACGAAACUAUGAUAAUAGGUAAUUACCGUACACAACUCUAUGACAAGCAGAAAGAAGAGUAUUUGCCUGCAACUCAAGGACUUGGGAUGUUUGUGGAAGUAAAAGAUCCUGAUGAGAAGGUGAUCCUGUCCCGCCAGUAUGGGUCUGAGGGCAGGUUUAUCUUCACCUCCCACACCCCUGGAGAGCAUCAAAUCUGCCUGCACUCAAAUUCCUCCAAAUUUGCUCUGUUUGCUGGUGGAAUGCUUCGUGUUCACUUGGACAUCCAAGUUGGCGAACACACAAACAACUAUGCAGAAAUCGCUGCCAAGGAUAAGCUGACAGAGCUGCAGCUGAGGGUGCGACAGCUGAUGGAGCAGGUGGAUCAGAUCCAGAAAGAGCAGAACUAUCAGAGGUAUCGCGAAGAACGCUUCAGACAGACCAGUGAAAGCACCAAUCAGAGGGUUUUGUGGUGGUCCAUCGUCCAGACACUGAUCCUGGUGGCCAUUGGUUUUUGGCAAAUGAGGCAUCUCAAGAGCUUCUUUGAGGCCAAGAAAUUAGUAUAAAACUGUAUUUGGAUUGGUUUUUAACUUGUGAUUGUCAGUUGAUACAGUACACACGCUAUUUUGAAGAUUGCCUGCUUCAUGUGUGGUCAAGACUGCUGAAAACUCAACAUGCCCUCAGUUCAGAUCCAACCCUAAAUUCCCCUGUAUUGAGAUACACUGUUCCUUUUGUGUAAUGUGAAUCUAGUUGUUCCUGUCCCGUUUUGCAGUGCAGUUUGUUCUGAACUGUCCGCAGGUGAUAUGCACUCAACCAAGUAGUUUACUGGAUUCAGAACGCAAAAUCGCAUAGUGGUUGCCUUACAUUUUUAUAGCCCCUUUACUUGUUACAGUAAUAUCUGACAUUUGUUUCAGAGCUAUGAAGAUUAUAAUGUUGAUAAACUGGGUUGUGAGUGUGAUGUUUCUCCCAAAUGACCUUAGUUUUUUUUUUCCCUUAAACAUUUUCAAGACAAAAGAAUCUGAGUUUAUCCUGGUGGCAGGUGUAAAUGUCUUCUGUUGUUUGGUAAUGCAGUAAUUUAGUAUGAUAUUUAAAGUUUUUCUCCGAGUGAAUGUUUCUUGGUGUUUUCUUUUUUUAUUCUUUAUUCAGUUGGUACAUGCUUUAUCAUCUAUACCCCAUUUUAUUUUCAUUUUUUCUAAGAAUCGUAACUCAUUAGUAUUAAGUCUUCCUUUUUGAUAGCUACAGCUUGUUUACCUUAAUGAUUCUGAAUUCAUUUGUACAUGUUUAAAAGUUGUACAUCCAAAUAAAUGGCAAAAUGUAGUUAUCAAAAAGUGAAAUGUUUAAUUGAAAGCUAUAUCCCCAUUGCAUAUGUCUGUUAACCUGUGGAAACCAUAUUUCCAAUUUGCACAUAACAUUAUCAUUUGUCUAUAUUUUUUAAACAUUUUUCUCGCCAAUUCCUCAGGAUGAUGUUGAGAUAUCAGAGAUUUAUUCACCCCUACAUCGGUCUGUCCAGAAUGCACUGUAAAGAUCUGAAAGGCUAUUUGCGAUGUGUUUGCUUUUACAUCUAUCAUAGCUGGUGUCAUAAUGGCGUAUUUCUUAAGAAAAUAGUUGUUUAAGUGUUUUGUUACACACAGAUUAUUGCUCAGAAUUGCUUUAUUACUUUGCCUGUACCUUUUUUGGGUUUUUAGUUUAUAAGCAGCCACACAGGGAAAUGGGUUUAUCUUUUUAAGUAGGGACAGGGGAGGGAAAAUUAUGUUGGUGAGAAAUCUACCCCAUAAUUGCACUCAGAAUAAAGUUUCCCACUCCCCCAA